CCUGGUUUGGAAGUGUCUGAAGGACUUGGUUCUUGCAGCCUCAUCUCCUUCCCCGCCCUCUCCCCCCUCUCCCCCUCCAGCUCCUGGCUGGAGGAGAGAGACUGUCAAUCGUGGGCAAAAAGACAGAGCAGACAAAAGGUUAUUUGUAAAGAGCUCCUUCCAGCCCCUCUACUCUUCUCCUCCUGCUCAAACUCAGAGCUUGAGCAUUUAAUAAGACUUCUCUGCCAAGAAGAUUGAAAGGGAGAGAAGAAGAAGAAAGAUUUCAGAGCUAAGUCAUUCCACAAUACCGUGGUAUCUCCUUCAAAUUUUGUUGUUUGUUUUACUGACAAGGAGAAUAAAUUAAGACAGAGGGUAUUUGCCUAAGUCAGAAGAUUAGGAGGCAAAGAACAGCGCCUACAACUCAGCUUCCUGACCACCAGAUAGAGCUGAAAGCCAAAAUGAAAAUCACAGCCGUGCUGGUUUUGCUGAAUUUGCUGCUAGGAGGACAUGCCAUGUCCACCACCCGUCUCUCUUGCUACAGGAAGAUUUUAAAAGAUCACAACUGUCACAAUAUUCCUGAAGGAGUGGCAGAUCUUAAACAGAUUGAUGGACACCUCCAGGACCACUUCUGGGAUGGAAAAGGAUGUGAGAUGAUCUGUUAUUGCAACUUCAGUGAACUGCUGUGCUGCCCAAAAGACGUCUUCUUUGGGCCGAAGAUCUCUUUUGUGAUCCCUUGCAACAACCAGUGAGAAUCUUCAUAACGGCUGCAUGUUAUAGUCUAUAGAGUAUAGGAUACGGACCGGAGAUUACCCAGGUUCGAAUUCUGGUUCCAGCUUUUCAUAACUGUGAUCCUGAGGAAACUGCUUAAUCUUUUGGAGCCCAAGAUGCUAAUCUAUAAAAUGGAAAUAAUAGAACCUACCUCCCAAGGAUAUUAUAAGGAUCAAAUGAGAUCAAAUGCUUUGCAAACCUUAAAGUGCCAUAUAUAUUCUAGAGCAUAUCCCCAACAAAUCUAUACAAUAAUAAUAAUAAAAAAAUCAACUGUUAUGAGAGGUUGCUUCUAUUCAAUACCUUCAGGCAAGAUGUAAAUCCCUAGUUGUCCAGGGCAAAAAGUUUGCCAGGCUAGUGGCAAACAAACAAAUAGACUGAUUUCAUCUUUCCCCCUCCUCGUGGAUACUGAUAGCAGACUGAUCUUGCAAAAACAAUUUUAUUGAAGCCUUUUGCUUUUAC